CUUCCGGCGCCUCGCGCAGAUUCGUCAUGGCUUCCACGGGGGCGAGUCGCAGCCUUGCUGCGUCUCAGCGGCCGCCGCAGGGCCGCUCCUCACGGCAGGACAAGUAUUCGGUGCUUUUGCCCACCUACAACGAACGGGAGAACCUGCCGCUCAUCGUGUGGCUGCUGGUGAAGAGCUUCUCCGAGAGUGCAAUCAACUAUGAAAUUAUAAUCAUAGAUGAUGGAAGCCCAGAUGGGACAAGAGAAGUUGCUGAACAACUGGAAAAGAUCUAUGGGCCAGACAGAAUUCUCCUAAGACCACGGGAGAAAAAGCUGGGCCUUGGAACUGCCUAUAUUCACGGAAUAAAACAUGCCACAGGAAACUAUGUCAUCAUUAUGGAUGCAGACCUCUCGCACCAUCCCAAAUUUAUUCCUGAAUUUAUCAGGAAACAAAAGGAGGGUAAUUUUGAUAUCGUCUCUGGAACUCGCUACAAGGGGAAUGGGGGUGUUUAUGGAUGGGAUUUGAAAAGAAAGAUAAUCAGCCGUGGGGCCAAUUUUAUAACUCAGAUUUUGCUGAGACCGGGAGCAUCAGAUUUAACCGGAAGCUUCAGAUUAUACCGAAAAGAAGUUCUACAGAAAUUAAUAGAAAAGUGUGUCUCCAAAGGCUACGUCUUUCAGAUGGAAAUGAUUGUUCGAGCAAGACAGAUGGAUUACACCGUUGGUGAGGUUCCGAUUUCAUUUGUGGAUCGAGUGUAUGGUGAAUCCAAGUUGGGAGGAAAUGAAAUAGUCUCAUUCCUGAAAGGGUUACUGACUCUCUUUGCUACUACAUAAAAGAACUUACUCAUUUAUGCUUCCCGUGUUCAUUUCAAUUAAAAGUAAGAGAAGCCCGGGUCACUGAUUUUUAUCAAUGUUCUCUUAGCACAUGAACCAAAGGUAAGAUACAUUUAAUAUGGAUCUUUUUUCUGGAGAAACUCCAUUCUAUAUUUCAAAUUAAAAUGUAAAGUUCUUGGUUUAGUGAGCAAUGUCCUCAAUUUUCAUGUACAUUAUACUGUAUUAUUAAUACCUAUAAAUAAAUGUAUAUAGGUUUUGCAUAAAAUGUUGCUGCUUUCAUUUAGAUCAUGUGAGGGCAGUUUCUUAUGAAUAUGGGAUACUUCAUAAAACUAGAUUGUUAUUUCUUUAUAUCUAGAUGUUAGCAAGGAAGCUUAAUUAUAUUUAUGAAAUAUAGUUAAUAUAUGAACUAGAAAAGAAAAUCUCUGAUCGUAAAGUCCAUCUCAGCUUUCUGACCCUCGAUGAAGUGACACUCCCUCCCUACAUGCAGACUUGGCAUUAUCCUGGGGAGGUGCUUGUCCAAUUAAAGCAGACUUGUGCAGCAGAGUGUGCAGUGGGUGGGGACAGCUCGGCAGCAGGACACAAAGCUGUACUCUUGGUUUCCUUUUUGAGCAACAACUUCUAUUCAGAAGAAAAGUGUUUUAUCUCAAAAUAUUUAUUUCUAAAUUAUUUCAAUACAUCAACAAAACUUGUCUCCAUGACAGAAAAAUAUCGAUACUAUUUUUCUUCAUCCAGAAAAAUAAUCUACUGGUUAGAAUGAAGGCUCAGUUGCUCCCUGCAGCCAGAACACAUACUUCAUUUAUCAAGUCAGUGAGUUUCUAUCUGUAACAUAGCUUUCAGAUCAUGUAGUAUGUUUCAGGGUCUCUGUGUAGCCCUGGCUGUCUUGGAACUGACUUUGUAGACCAAACUUGCCUCAAAUUCAGAGAUCCAUCUGCCUCUGUCUCCCAAGUCAUGUUUAGGUUUUUAGUGAAUACAUGAGAUCUGGUUGCCUGUCCUUUGCAAGAAAAAAGAAGAGACAUCUGUCUCUAAGUUACUGCAUAAUCACAUUUAGUGAACAGAGUCUGGGUGUCAUAUGGCCCAAGCUGACUUCCAACUUACUCUGUAGUCAAAGCUAGUCUUGAAUUACUGGUCCUGUUUUGUUCACCUCUCAAGUUCUAGGACUGUGGUGUGCACAGUCACACACCCAACCUGUGUACUUGUUUUCCACCUUACUUGAGCUGCUAAAGAAACUCAAAGUCUUAAGUGUUGCUUCCAUCCUUCUGGCUGAUUGUAACAAGGGUGGACAUUUGAUAAGUAAAGCCUUCCCUGAUUUUUGAGCAAGAAAGCCUUGCCAGGUAGUUCCAUAGCUGGGCCCACAGUGCAUGUUCCAAGCAGGGCCACUGUUCUUGUGUUCCCCUUGGCCAAAAUUUGUUGAGCACUCAUGGGGAAGUGACUUCUUCAUCCUUAGUAACUAGAAUAUUUAUUAGUGUUCAAUUAAAUUUUAUUUUAAGC